AUGACGUCUGUCGUACAUUCCAUGGUGCAUGUACCUCAAACGCUAAAAGAUUUCGGUCCUGUGCAGAACUAUUCAACGUUUAAUUUCGAAAGCGUAAUUGCUGAACUUGAUACUAUGGAUUACGCUUCACCUCUUCAUUUAUUCAUAUGUCGUAUGUUUUGCUCAAAGCGUCAAGCACUUCCAAGACAAGUAACAACCAAACAAAAUAAAUCUUUUCGUCUUGGUCGUAAAUUAGACUUACCAAAUGAUCAUAUCGCAAUGGUCUACUUACGACCAAAAACAAAUUUUUAA